AUGACAGACCUCCUCUUCAUUCGCCUCGCGUUUCGCAGCCUGGUCAUGAUGUCGGCGAACUGGUCGACGAACCAGUCGCCCGACUGCUCCCACUCGUCCGUCGUCAUGGUCGAGAACAUGGUCCUCUGCUCGGCCUCUUCGGGGCUCACGCGGCUGCGCUUCUUCCCACGGUUCAGGCCCAGCCCCGCCGGCGGCAUGAGACUCUUUCCGAGGGACUCUCGUACCUGCGGCGGCACCGCCGGAGCUCUAUGCGCCGUCCUCCUCUUCGCCCUCGGCGUCGCCGGCGCCGGCGACGGUGACGGUGCCUGGGAAUGUUUGCUCUGCGAUCGCUGGGGCCUCGAGAUCCUGACCUCUCUUAUAGCCAACCUCCUCGGCGCAUGUGCGGCCGCUGCCGCGGGCGACUCGGGCCGUGCCGCUGCCGCUUCUCGGCGUCUCGCCGAGUCGUCCUUCCUGGCACGAUACGGCUCCGCCGCCCGUCUCUCGUCGGCCUUGUCGGUGAACACGUCCUCCUGCUCGUUCUGCGGCGUCGUAAGCCCCGACCUCAUGAAGUUUUCUCCCAACUGCGAGCCCUCGAAUAUGGCCCGGUUGGUAGCUUCUUCGUCGUCUUCGAUGCCGACAACGGUCUCGGCUUUCGUCGGUGACGCCGGUACUGGUGCGGGCGCGGGCGCGGGCGCGGGCGCAGGCGCGACGGGCGGUACCUUGACCAACUUUGGAGGCGACGGUCGUGAUAUCCUGGGCGGCAGGCUGAGCGCAGUAUUCCUAAUGGUGUGCAGGGGCCUGGGCAUCUGUCCGCUGCCCACGAGGACAUGCUCCUUCGUCGGCGAGGGAGGCACCGCUGCUGCAGCCGCUGCGGAGGGAGGCGCUGACGAAGCCGGCGGCGGCGGCGCUGCUGCCGCCGCCGAAUGGUGGGAGCGGUGGUCGUGCGCAGCGACGGUGCCCGCAUUGUAG